AUGGAUCACAUCAAGACUCAGAUUGUGUCAUCAGAACCUGUCUCCCUCUCAUUGGUGUCCUCCAUCUUUGAGCGGUUCCUCUCCUCUGACAAUGGCAUCAAUAGGGAGGUCUAUGCCUGCCUCAAACGCUCAGCUGCCACUAUUGAUAAUCUCAUCCAAGCUAAAACCCUCAAAUUUAAGCAAGGCAUGGGACAAAAACGAGGCACUCCCCAUGAAACCUUAGAUAAAGAGCAGCCUUUGGAGGGGCAUGAUCGGAAAGAGCAGAGUGCAUGUGGGGAUGUGGGUAUGAAUGAUCUUGAGAAGGGCCACCAGAGUAAACAGAAGAAACAGACAAAGAAGCUUGAAAGCUUGGAUGAAGCAAGGUGGCUGAAUGCAUUGGAGAGGGAUUCCAGUGAGGAACACAAGAAAGGAGUAGUGGAGAAUUCGGAAAGAGAACAUGGCAAGAAGAACAAAAAGCACCAUAGACUUCACCAUAGCCUGGAUCAGGAUGUGCCAAGAAAUGAGGUCAAGCUAGAGCUGAGGCAACAUCCGAGGAAAGGGCUGAGGAGAAGGCACAAACAACAGCAGCACGUUCAAGAAAGUGUCCAAACAGAAGACACAAGAUGGGAGAUGGUAGAGGAAGAUAUAAGAAAGAAGAAAAGACGGAAAAUGGAGGCCAGAAGGGUGUGA